CUCGUCGACGUGCUUGCUGCCUGGCGGCCAUUAGCGCGCGCACACUCCGCCUCCGUCGAUUGCGGAAAGUAACGCGGAGGAGGAAGUGGAGAGGACGGCGGGCGAGCCUCCUGCAAGCGCCAGCAUGGAGCGAGGCUUAGGGGGGCUUCCGCAGCCCUCCAAGCCGGUCAGCAUCUCAUCCAACCGGCCAGUUCACAUGAACUUGUUCGCCACCUGGGAAGUGGACCGUUCUUCGCCCAGCUGCGUGCCCAGGCUCUUCAGCUUGACCCUGAAGAAGCUGGUCCUGCUCAAGGAGCUGGACAAAGACCUCACCUCGGUGGUCGUCGCCGUCAAACUCCAGGGUUCCAAGCGAAUCCUUCGCUCCAACGAGAUUGUUCUGUCGUCGUCGGGCCUGACGGAGACCGACCUUCAGCUCACCUUCUCUCUGCAGUACCCUCACUUCCUGAAGAGGGACGCCAACAAGCUGCAGAUCAUGCUGCAGCGCCGUAAGCGCUACAAGAACCGGACCAUCCUGGGCUACAAGACGCUCGCCCUGGGCCUCAUCAACAUGGCCGAGGUGAUGCAACACCCGAGCGAGGGUGCCCAGGUUCUUGGCUUGCAUAGCCAGCUAAAGGACGCCUCGCUUCCCGUGGCCGAGAUGCGCGUCUACUCGCUGUCCAGCCAACCCAUCGACCACGAGGGACCCAAGGCCAAGAUGUCGGACCGAUCUCCGGACAUCGACAACUACUCUGAGGAGGAAGAGGAGAGCUACUCAUCUGAGCAGGAGGGUAGCGACGAUCCCAUCCACGGACAAUACCUGUACGAUGAAGAUGAGGAAGUGAGGAAGAAAAAGCCCAGACGGAAGUUGACGUCAAACGCCGCCAUCACCAGGCAGCCAAAUAUCAAGCAAAAAUUUGUGGCCUUGCUGAAGAGGUUUAAAGUCACUGACGAGGUGGGCUUCGGUCUGGAGCACGUGUCCAGGGAACAGAUCCAGGAAGUGGAGGAGGACCUGGACGAGCUCUACGAUAGCCUAGAAAUGUACAACCCAAGCGACAGCGGGCCCGACAUGGAGGAGACCGACAGCAUCAUGAGCACACCCAAACCAAAACUCAGGCCCUUCUUCGAGGGCAUGUCUCAGUCCAGCUCCCAGACGGAGAUCGGAAGUCUUAACAGCAAAGGCAGUUUGGGCCGGGACACUCUGAGCCCGGGGGAGCCGCCUUCUGCGGACAAGAUGAAAACAUCCCGCAGCCGCAUUCUAGAUGAGGCACUGUCAGAGAGCGAGACGCUGGAAGGGGCAGAUCUGGAGCUGCUCGCUGACGCCGCGCCCUCCAUCACAGUGUCUGUGCCGGAAAAACCCCGUACACCCAUGAAGACGGGCAAAAACGAAAGUCAACCGGCGGCGUCACCACGGUUGGACGGAGGCCACACCCCUUCACGGCAGAAGCGCAGCAGCACCACCCCUAUCAAAUCCAAAACGCCGAGCGAGCGCGCCAACAGCUCCGACUCGGAGAGGUCUCCCGAGAUGGGCCACGGCACGCCGGUAUUGAGGAAGGCCAUGUACGACCAGCUCAACCACAUCCUGUUGACUGACUCCGCCCUCCCGGAGAGCCUCAUCCUGGUCAACGGCGGAGACUGGCAGGGGCAGUAUGUGCUGGAGCAGCUGCAGAUGCACAAGCAACCGGUAGUGUGCACGUGCUCGUCGGCGGAGAUCCAGGCCGUCCUCUCCGCCAUUCUCACGCGCAUCCAAAAGUUCUGCAACUGUAACGCCUCAAUGCCACGGGCGGUCAAGGUGGCGGCGGUGGGCAGCCAGAAUUACCUGGCGGCCAUCUUGCAAUUCUUCGUGACGCAGUUGGCCAACAAGACGUCGGACUGGCUCAACCACAUGCGCUUCCUGGUGGUUCCUCUGGGCUCCCAUCCCGUCGCCAAGCAUCUUGGCGCCUUGGACAACCGCUACAGCUCGUCCUUCCUGGACGGCGCUUGGCGAGACGUCUUCAGCCGUACCGAACCUCCUCCCACGGACCAACUGGACGUGGCGGGAAGGAUAGUUCAGUUCAUCAGCGGCGCCACGCUGACGCACCAGCUACCCAUCGCCGAGGCCAUGUUGACCUGCAAACACAAGACGCGAGAGGAAGAAUCCUACCAGAAGUUUAUUCCCUUCAUCGGCGUGGUCAAGGUGGGCGUGAUCGAGUCUGGACCCUUGCAGGCCGGCGAUGCAGAUGAAGGGGUAGCCGUGAGCUUGGCCGUCCCCUCCUCGUCCCCUCCCUCCCACGGCUCCCCCGCAGGGAUGAUCAAGGAGGCAGCCACUCCCCCUUCGUCCCCGUCAAUGGGAAGCGUCGCCGUGCAGGGGAGUCCCGGCAUGUCACAUGGCGUGGACGCCAUCGGCCUGCAGGUUGACUACUGGCUGGCUUCGCUGGCUGACAAGAGGCGGGAAGGUGAGCGGCGGGACACGGCGUGCAAGAACACGCUGAAGAGCGCCUUCCGCUCGCUGCAAGUCAGCAGGCUGCCCGGCGGUGGCGCCGGCGGGGGAGGCGAGCCUCACGGCGUUCAAUUCAGCACCAUGGCCAUGACGGUGGUCACCAAGGAGAAAAACAAGAAAGUGGCCACCAUCUUCCUGGGAAAAAAACCCAAAGAGAAGGAGGUGGAUUCUAAAAGUCAAGUGAUCGAAGGCAUCAGUCGCCUCAUCUGCUCGGCCAAGCAGCAGCAGACCAGCCUAAAAGUGUCCAUCGACGGAGUCGAGUGGAACGACGUCAAGUUCUUCCAGCUAGCCGCCCAGUGGCCGACUCACGUCAAAUAUCUUCCUGUCGGCCUUUUCGGUUACACCAAGCCCCCUUCCUAGAUGGCAGCGGCGGUCAUUGGGCACCCCGGCUUAAGCUUUGCCCCUCCUCCAUUCUGCAAACGCACAAACGUUGCGCUUUAUGCAAUCCGGGCGACCUGUUACAUUCCUUUGCGCUUUCCUCUUGGCAACAGGGCCCCUUAGUGUGAAAGCUCAAGAACUACAGUGUUCCCCUGCUAACCUGUGAGUAAUUGACACCCCGCCCCCCAAAAAAGGUUUGUCGUCGCCAUUGUUAGACAGGGUUGUGGCCUGACUACAUAAAACUGCGAUAAGUUUGUUUUCAAAUCACAGAAAAAAUGUUUAAAAGAAAAAAAAAUUGAAUUAGCAAAUAAGGGGAACACUAUACAUUAAAAAUGGCAAUGUAUGUGUAAGAAAAUAGCUUCCAUGGCACAGAACAGGUUUGUUAUGCCACUGUGUAUAUGUUGUAUUGUGUGAACAGGAAUUAUGGCAUCUGUGUUCCAUCAAAAGAAGGACACCAGAAUGGGUGACUGUCCCAAAAAAAAAGAACAUUAGUGCUGUCUAAAUGUCUGAAUAGCCACAUGUAAAAUUCAUGCAAAACAAAAGCAAAUGGAGUAGUAGAUUUUUAUUUCCGACUCGGUGCUUUAAAGUGUUCUCUGUGCUCAAAUCUACACAGCAAAAACUGGAGUGUUGAAAUUUCAGGGUUAAACAUGUCAGAGUUGAUUUCAACUCUCAAAGUGUCAUUUUAACACAUUCUGAUUAAAAUGGUGUUCAGUGUUGGA